AUGAUCGAGUUGGUGAAAGUGAGUGAUAAUCAAAAGGUGGUUGGCACAAUGCGGGAUAUAGGGGCGGACUCGUUCGUGUGCCGUGUGCAGUACCUUAACGAUUUGGAUCCUUUCUCGGAAUACAACGUGAGAGAGCCCUCGAGGCCCCUGUACCAUACGUUCAACACCACUAUACCACUGUCGUAUCAAAUUGCAGCGGUACACCGGUUGCUGCAAGCACCUCAUAGGUUUCCACGGCUCACCAUGCUGGCGGGCAGCCAACUCCGCCCGCGCUGGAUGCACUCCGGUAGACACCAGUCAUUCGCCCUGGAUGCGUUGGAUGACGCCACUCUUCAAGUGUUCAAAGAUGGUGACUAUGGACCGUAUCUGGACUUGGACUCCACUCUCGGAGAGCAGGAUGAAGAAUUGGAAGGUCUCCAAGACAAAGUUGCGGAGAGAAUGAAGCGAUACUCGCAAGAUUCUUUCUUCACACGGUCGUCUUCUGUCGAGAGCGUCUCACGCGACGUAGCCCGCACUAACCGCCUAUCGCUAGACUCCGGCAUCGACGAGGAUGGGAUCUUGGUGAAGACCAGUGUUGUGUUGGACCUGGAAAAUGAUAUGUCAGAAGACGAGGAGCUCGACAGUUUCGACUUCGAGUGA